GGAAGCAUUUGCUCAGAAAUAUGAGCAAGACCCCAAAGGAAAAGACCUUUCUCUCCCACCAUUUCCACCAGUCACUGCCCCCACGCCUGCGGUGGGGCAUGAUUUUCUCCUAUGUGAAACCAGGAAGCAAGGAUGAGUGUGCGUCUGUCUCCAGUGUGCCCCCAGCCUUCCAUUUCAGUCCACAGCACUGUGUGCACCUCAAGAACCAGUAUUUGAAAAAUGCCGCUGCAAACCUUACCUUCUCUCAGGAGGUGGUGAGGCAGCAAGGGCUGUCCAGCAUUCCUUACAGACAGUACAGCUUUGACCACCUCUACAAUGCAGACAACAUCAUCCAGCCUCCCAGGAUCAGGAAGGCUCAACCUGAGAAACCUGUCAGCUUCAAGUUCUUGGAUUCCUCAGAUCCCUCAACAGAGGUCACCUCCCAGGCUCUGAAGACAGAAAGCUCUGCCAAUCUUAAAAAGAAGCUGAAGAAAUCAAAGUCAGCAAGCACAGUGCAAGAAAAACCUCACCCUCGCAUCUUUCGUCACUGUAGGAAACCAUCUCUGGUGGAUCUGCCACCUUCUCCAGAUGUGGACCUUGGAGAGAGGGAAGCCUGGCUUUCACCUCUUGAGAAGGAGGCCAGAGCCUGGGAGGCUCUCGUGCUGGAAAAGCUGAACAGGCGCACAGCGCGGUGGAUCAUGAACAAACGUCCUCUAAGGCCUGGGGUAUCCCCCAACAAGUGGCAGAGCUUCCUGCAUCAGCAGUAUGACUGGAGUCAUAUCCGGGAUGAGCUCACCUCUGCCAGUGACCUGGAGCUCCUGGAUAAGCUGGAGGCAGAAGAGGCAGCAGAGUUUGAAGACAAAAGUGUCAUUCUGCCCCAGCAGGAGAAAGAGAAGCCAGAGCUGCUGCUUCCUGUUUACUACAGACUGCCUGAUUACUUGCCACAAGUGCAGACAGCUGAAAUAGUGCCUGGCAACAAUAAGACUGCUGAGGCUGUCAGUGGAAAGACAAGCAACUACCAGUCCCAAAACCAGAGCUACUUCCGGCAGGUGAAUCCUCGAGCUGGAAAGUUUGCUUACUCCACGGACAAUACCUUUGAACAGGAGAUUUACUUUGACAAUGUCCAGAUCAUCCAGAAGGCUGGAGCAAAGAGAGACCAAAUUUUCCUGGAAAACCUCAAUCAGUACAACAAGCAGCUGCGUAAGGUCUUCCCUGAAACCCCAGAAAAGUGGAGUUCCCAGCCAGUUCCUGAAGCACCUUGUAGGCCCAUGAAAGGAGGUGUACGCUGGGCUGCUUUGCCCAUCCCAGCCAAGGAUCUGCUGCUGCAGGUGGGUGAGAUGGACAUGGACACUAAGUCCAGGAGACAGCGGAAGCAGGCAAAAUCACCGGAGGAGAACGUGACCUGGGAACUGGUGGUCCUCCGGAGGAUGCUGCAGGAAUGGAAGACUGCCUGGUCACUGAUCAUUAAGUGGCACCAUGAGACAGUGGAGGGCCUGCAACGGAGCUUGACAGACAUGCAUGAUGACAUUCGGAUCCAAGCCAUCAUCACGUGUGCCACGGCAGCUUUGGAGCGGCCCCGGAUGGCCACCAGCCAGGGAGACUCAGAUGUGGAGACUGUGAAAGAUCCACCUGUCCAGGACUUGCCAGAGGCUCUACAGCCCACCCUAAAAGCUGCUCUUUGUGACAAGAAUGCCAACGUGCAGAUGGCGGCAGCAGUAUGCCAAUAUGCCAUACAGUCACAUGAUCCCCUUGCCCGGGACAUCAUGCAGACUGCCCUUUUGAAGGGUAAUAUUGUGGACAGCUGGGCUGCAGCUCAGUGCUUGGCUCUGGAAGGUGAUGCCACUUACCCCGUGAUUAAGAGGAUCCUCAAUCAACUGUUUAACAAGAAGGACAAGGACACCGAGGACCAAUCUUGUAUCCUCCUGAGCCACCUCAGCAGGAAGACAACCCUGAUACAUACCAUGCUUGCCGUGGAGCUGAACAGCCGUCAAUGGAAGGACCGGAUUGUGGCCUGCCGGACUCUGUCCCGCAUCAGUGGAAAUGUCAGUUUGGAUAUGAAACAUAAAUUGAUUGAACUGAUGUGGAGCGACUGGAAUAAGAAAGUGAGACAAGCAGCUGCCCUAGCUCUGGGGCAAAUGAGCCUUGGGAAAGAGGUACAUGACAAGAUCAGAGUCAAGCUGGGUCGAGGAAACUCCCGGGAACGUGUGAAAGCCCUCUCCCUGAUUGGUGAGCUCAAGCUCAUGACUGCCAAGCUUCUCCCAAACUUCCUCAACUGCUUCAAUGAUGACUUUGUGGCAGUACGGCAGGAAGCCUGUUUGGCAGCUGGUGCACUGCAGAUCCGUGACAAGAUGGUGCUUGAAUGCCUCCUGAAUCUGAUGCAGAGAGAUCCUUACUGGAAAAUCAAGGCCUUUGCCAUUCGAGCUUUGGGACAGAUUGGCCAAGUGAGUCCCCAUCUGACAGAUCUCCUGCUCUGGGCAAUCCACUAUGAAGAAUCACCAGGUGUACGACUGGAAGCUUGCCGUAGCAUACUAGCCCUCAAACUUCAGGGGGACCAGGUCAGGGACACUUUCCUAGACGUGCUACUCCUGGAGAAUCAUGAGGCUGUUCUAAAGGAAAUUUACCAGGCAAUGAAGAUACUCAAUUUAGAAAAUGAAGGAAACCAAGAAAUGCUUCAGGAGAUCAAGAACAGGAUUCAUACACUAAGCCAAAAGGACUUGCUGACGCAGAAAAUACUCAAAAUUGAGGUGGUCAUAGGAAAAGUGAAGGAGGAAGCAAAAUGUGUUUACUCACAACCCAACGAGGGGCAAAAACCAUUGAAACUCAGUACUCUUCUCCAAGAAAGUUUUCAGGAUGAGGUGGUUAUUCCUAGAAGACCGUCCGAGGCUUGCGACAUUGAAGCAGUCAUAAAGCCUGUGAGGCCCCGCACACCAAAUCCCUGGUCACAGAGUCUGGUCCUGGCCCUGAAAUCAAGAGGCAGAGAUCAUCCAUCACUUGUCAAAGAUCUACGCACCAUCCGGGAGAAAAGACUUGCAAUGGGGCCAUUUGGAUUUCCAGACAGCUCAGCUCCCUAG